AUGCUGUUUUUGCCACUUCCAUUGCUAGCUGUUCUCCCAGGUGGUGGCAAUGCAGACGGGCUCAAGGAGCCUGUCUCCUUCCAUGUCAUCCAGAUCGCAUCCUUUUACAACCAUUCCUGGAAACGAAAUCGGAUCUCAGGUUAUCUGGGUGAUUUGCAGACCCACACCUUGCACAGAAAUUCCAGCACCAUCAUUUUCCUGUGGCCCUGGUCCAGGGGAAACUUCAGCAACGAGGAGUGGAAGGAACUGGAAAUGUUAUUUCAUAUACGCUGCGAUCGGUUCCUUGAGGAAAUGCAUAGAUACUCCCGUGAAAUACAGAUUGAGUAUCCUUUUGAGAUACAGUGGACAGGAGGCUGUGAACUGCACUCUGGAAAGUUCUCAGGAAGCUUCCUUCGGUUAGCUUAUCAAGGAUCAGAUUUCAUCAGCUUCCAGAAAAAUUCAUGGUUGCCAUCUCCAGUGGCUGGGAAUAUGGCCAAGCGUCUCUGCAAAAUGCUUAAUCAGAAUCAGCAUAAAAAUGACAUAACACACAGUCUCCUCAGUGACACCUGCCCACGUUUCAUCUUGGGUCUUCUUGAUGCAGGAAAGGCACAUCUCCAGCAGCAAGUGAAGCCCGAGGCCUGGCUGUCCCAUGGCCUCAGUCCUGGACCUGGCCAUCUACAGCUUGUGUGCCAUGUCUCAGGAUUCUACCCAAAACCUGUGUGGGUGAUGUGGAUGCGGGGUGAGCAGGAGCAGCAGGGCACUCAGCGAGGGGACAUCCUGCCCAAUGCUGACGGGACAUGGUAUCUCCGAGCAACCCUGGAGGUGGCCGCUGGGGAGGCAGCUGGCCUGUCCUGUCGGGUGAAGCACAGCAGUCUAGAGGGCCAGGACAUCAUCCUCUACUGGGAACAUCACAGUUCCAUGGGCUUGAUCAUCUUGGCGGUGAUAGUGCCUUUGCUUCUUCUGAUAGGUCUUGUGCUUUGGUUCAGGAAAUGCUGUUUCCGUUAAGAUACACCA